UCGGGAGUCAGCACAUGAGUGGAUUUUGACUUCUCUGCCCAAUGGCUGUGGGAGGUGUAAGUUUUGGGGGAGUGCAUAUAAUCAACAUAUUAUCGAAGGUGCUUAGAUAUUGAUCCCGUAUUUCGAGGUAGUUCAAAUUCACCUAUCUUGGCCCUUUGGCUUUGACCUUUAUUUUGCUCGGUGGAGAAUUAUUGACGCGUAAAAUGCCGAAGAGAAAGUCCCCAGAGGGUCCUGAGGGCAAGGAGGCCCCCAAAGUCACAAAACAGCCCACCAGAAGGUCAGAGAGAUUGUCAGCGAGACCUGCUCCACCCAAGCCUGAGGCCAAGCCCAAGAAAACCGUCGUCAAGGUGGCAGAUGAUAAGGGGGCAAAGGCAAAGAAAGGUGGUGCCAAGGGGAAGAAGGAAGACGGUCCCGCCCAGAAUGGAGACACCAAGGCCAAUGAGAUCUAUGUGUCUCGUCCGUCUGUCAGUGUGUCUUCCAUCAGAAGCACGGCUCCCUCCAUGAUGUCAGUGAGAGGACAGAGUGAGACAGUCAGAGUUAAGGGUAACUGAAGCAGCAGAAGAAGCGACCGAGGAGAAGGCGUAAAGGCACGGGCGCGUCCACCGACUCGCCCCCUCUGACUCCAUGGCAGCAAAGCAUCUUUUUUUACUGACGAUUUUGUACCAUGCUGAAUUUUUUUUAGACUUGUGAUAGUAGAGAUGGACAACCAGCAGCCCCACCUCCCGUAUCUUCACACUCCUUCCCCCACCUCCUGCUUUUGCUCCAUUCUCCUCCUCCUCCCCUCAUUCUGUAUUGCUAUACUGUAUGCCUCUUAGAAGCAGAAAGGCAGAAUGAAGUGGUUUUAUCAGACAGCUGCAGAUGUUCUUUGUUUUGCCCGAGAGGAGUUGUAAACAAGACUUUUUUAAAUCUAUAAACUGGCUCUACCUUCAUUUGUAGUUACGCUUCUCUAUAAUACGUCACUUACUGGCACUUUGCCUGUAAUCAGAUGAUGUUCACACCAUAAUGUAACCGCCUUACGGCUAAGGUGAGCAUAUCAACAGUUUGGUUGCAGAGCCACAAGAAACCAGUUCCUCAGUCACCAUGGAGAACAUCUGCAGCUUUUUAAAAAUCUUACUUUUUAGUCACCACCACUGUGUUUCACAUAGCUCCUUUUGUAUGUGUAUACAGGAGUGAAUGUGUUUGUGAGUCUCUGUGCUUGACUUUGUUUCCUCCCCCUUUCCUUUCCUUUCUUUCUUGUUUUUUCUCUCUCCCCUGAACGCCUUGUCCUGCAGCAGAGUGACAUAGCAAUAAUGAGUGGUGCUUCUGUUCUAGACGGCUCUAUUGGCUUUGGACCCUCUGGGCUUCUCUGAGUUUCAUCCUGUUGGGAGAAUAUUUUGAAAUAAAAGAAAAAGUUGAUGUCU